AAUUACAAGCAAACCUUAUCUUUGUCACCUAUCAAACAAUUGAUGCCACAUUUCACUACUCAAUUCUUGAACACUCAAAAAAUACAAUGGCUACUUCAACAGCUUAUGUUUCAUCUUCAAUCUUCAAUAGAAUCAACAACCUCUCAUUCACACACUCUUCCAUUUCUCUCACCACCACCAACUUCCCUCAAACACCCAUUUCCCAUAAACCCUUCAAUCUCACCCUCAAGUCUCAAAGUUUUAUUCUUUCAUCUCUCCCACUUCAAUCUCUUCACCCUCCAUUUGUUGCCACAGAUGAAUUUGAAACAUCUCAAGACACCAUUAUUUCCCAACAACAAGAACCAGAACCAGAAACCUCUGAUAAACCAAAGCAAGAUGAAGAACAGAAAGUAACAACCUCAGACGAUGCUGGAAGACUCUAUGUUGGAAAUUUGCCGUUUUCAAUGACUUCUUCACAAUUGGCUGAUAUAUUUGCAGAAGCUGGCACAGUUGUGUCUGUUGAGAUUGUCUAUGAUCGACUUACCGACAGAAGCAGAGGAUUUGCAUUUGUUACGAUGAAAAGUGCUGAAGAAGCUAAAGAAGCAAUUCGAAUGUUUGAUGGCUCUCAAGUUGGUGGUAGGAGUGCUAAGGUAAACUUUCCAGAAGUGCCAAAAGGAGGUGAAAGGUUAGUAAUGGGGCAAAAAGUAAGGAACAGCUACAGAGGCUUUGUAGACAGCCCUCACAAGAUCUAUGCUGGAAACCUUGGUUGGGGAAUGAACUCUCAGGAUCUUAGAGAUGCCUUUGAUGAACAGCCGGGCUUAUUGGGUGCUAAGAUCAUCUAUGAGAGGGACAAUGGAAGAUCUCGGGGUUUUGGAUUUGUCACUUUUGAAACUGCUGAGCAUUUAGAGGCUGCUUUGAACGCCAUGAACGGUGUGGAGGUUCAAGGCAGGCCAUUGCGAUUGAAUUUGGCUGCAGCGAGGACAUCUCCAUCUCCUCCAGUAAUUGAAGAAAAUACAAAAAACAACAUUGAAAGCUCGGAAUUGGUGUCUAGUGCCAGCACGUGAAGUAUGAUUGAUCAAAGUUUUGCCCACAAAAUACACGUCAUUUAGCCUUUUCCUCCUAUACACUAACUAGGCUUUCUGGCAGUUGUGAUAAGGGGUUGAUGUCAAUUAUAUGAUUUGUAAUUGUGAAGAGCAAGCUUCCAGAGUAUGAUGGGAUAAUAAUUUAUUCAAAGUGAUCGUAUAUUGAAAUGAUAACCUUCUCUUGAGGGUAUAAAAUAGUGUUUAAAUAGAUGCAAAGGGAGUUCUUCCUAAAAGUAUGGUCUAUUAAGAGAGGGAAUAAGUCUCACAUAUUAGGUGAGACUCCCAAAUGUAAAGACUCGUAACAUGGGAACAUUAAUAGGUACCACAAAUCUACAUGGACAACACGAUUUACUUCCAUA